GCGUGCACCUGUGCACUUAGUUCUGCGAUUUGCGCUUGUGCCAUGUUCCGUAUUCCUUCCAGUAUUUCUUGUUCAUUUGGCUGCUCCUAGAGGAAUGUCUGAUUAUUCACAAAGAUGCAUUUCCUUGUUUCUUACUAAUUUUUAAGUGCCAGACGUACAAUAAGAAAGAAAACUGUGACAGACGCUAUCUAGCAGCUCCACGCAGGUAAAGCUGCUACCAGCUGCCAAGUGAUCAAAAUUAUUUACCAAACUGAUUACAUAUCAAAUGUGCACAAUCUACUAAUAGAAAAAUAUCUUAAUGUGAAAUAUUUAUUUUUACUGGACACAUGGCCUCCGUCAAAAAUGGGAUUCAACGUGUCACACACAAACUUGAAUCUUUGGAUCCUCGAAACUAUCAGAAGCACAACCAGCAGUACUUACUGUGGUUCUGUAUUGCCGUGAUGGCUGAUGCCACUUCCGGCUUUCAGAUACCAGCGGUUCGUGACACCUACACUUGGAAGGGUGAAACUAGUGAUGCCACAGCCUACACCAUCGUCCUCUUUCCAACCCCGCUUGGAGGAUUCAGAACAAGAAUCUCUGAGAUGCACUUGAUACCAGGGCAGUCGUCGGUGAUGGAGGGCGUCGCCUUGGCCUUCGUGCUUGUGUUGGUGGCGGUGGUGCCUUUCAUCUCGUGGAUGCUACUCGUCUCCCUGGCGAUAGUCUUCACGAGGGGUCUGGAACUGUUGUUGGGGGAACAGGGAAGUGGACUGACUGAUUGAUUGAUCAAUUAACAUAAUUAUUAGAUUGACAUUAUUGCAAUGACUUAC